ACGUAACGCAUGUGCAGACGUGGCUGUGAGCGGCGACGCUUUCUCUCAGUAGCCAGCUAGUAUGUACCGAGGUUCUGAAACGGGAAGGUGCGACCGAGGAUUAGUGCCACCCGUAAUCAUGAACUUAAUUGACUGAUCGUGGUUCACGUCUUUAGUGAAAAUGAGUGCUCGUGGCCAGAACUAUGCCUUCCAGUCACCCACCAUGGUUCAACCUUCUAAUGGAGGUCACGCUUACCUGUUCUCGACCACCGGUUCCGAGAACGAACUGUCCGAGGAUGAGGUUGAGAUCUACGAGCUGCGGCCGCGUGGCAAGGAGCGGUCUCGGAGGAGUACCUCCAGGGAAAAGAUGGAUGACAUCAUCUACCUGACCCGAGACAUCCAUGAGGGGGACACGCUGAACAGCAUUGCCUUGCAGUAUCAUUGUUCAGUAGCCGACCUAAAACGCUCCAACAGCCUGGUGGCAGAGCAGGACUUUUUCGCCCUGCGUUCAGUGAAAAUCCCCGUCAAGCGUUUUAGCAUGCUGACUGAAACUACCAACAGCGGACCUCUCAAACAGGCCUCUCCCGCCGAAUCCCGACGCUCCUCCCAGAUCUGCUCCGCCGCCGCCCGCCCGCCCGAUUCGUCUACAGAUUCUUCCUCUUCCACGGACAGCGUGGAAAGCUACCUGCUGGUGAAGGACAAGGACAUUGAGCAACUCGUCAAAUCCUCCGAGCCGUCCAGGAGCAACCUCAACGAGGUGGUGUCCUCCUUGACGGUCCAGCCCGAGCAACCCUCGACGGGAAAAGUGGAGUACAAACCGGCGGAGAAAAAGGACCCUUACUACGGUGCCGACUGGGGCAUGAGGUGGUGGACAGCUGUGGUCAUCAUGCUAGUGGUCGGCAUCAUCACGCCUGUCUUUUACCUGCUAUACUAUGAAGUCCUAAUGAAGGCGGAAGUCGGCCAUCGUGGGACAGAUACAGAUCUUCCUAGCUUCAUUCUCGACACACAUGAUCACGCUCUUCUAGAAAACAGUCACGCAGGAGCUCAACCCUCACAACACGCUGCGGGCGUCCAUCAUGAAGCCCCGCAUGCAAAGACUUGAUAAUGUCUUUUAAAAGGGGAAAGUCACUUUAUAGUGGAAACAGAUUUAUACAUUUCGAACUAAUUUAACUUGUGGUUCCUCUGAUCCAUGCUGCUAGUUUCAUGUGAAGCCACACAUUAUUCUGUUUAAAUAUGGAUUUACUUCACUGAUUGUGAUUGGCCAAUGAUUUUUGGUCAUUUGAGAGAAUUAAGGUGUGCACAAUUGCACAUAUUUUCCAAGUUUUUAUUCAUGUCUAUAAUGCCGGUCAAAAUAAGGAUAAAAUAGACCACAAUAAUAUCCCAAAAUUGUAAAGUAAUUAGCUGACAUUGACAGCGGUGAAUGUCCAAUCUGUUUGAACUGGGAGGACUCGCAGCGAUGGAACAAUACUCUUCCAGUUCAAAUGGAUUGGACAUCUAUCACCGUCAAUUUGCUCGUUAGUCAUUUUAUGCCACAUACUUGAGAAUAAUAUUUCACAUUGUAAUUUAAUAUAUUUUUCAGGACUAUUGAGCCAUUGUACACCAUUAGUCUAGAGUUUUUUUCUUUUUGAUAGCCUGGACAGUACCGCAUCCAAAAAAAAAGUUCAGUGACGAAAAUUAGGAGUUGCACAAAAUUCCCAUAAUAUGGGGAUUUUUUUUUUUCUUUUUCCCCAUCAAUUCUGUUGACAGUAUGUGCCUUUUAAAGUGUAAAUGUGCAUACGAGGCUGGAGAACAAAAUAAAUUUAUUUUCAAAUGUU